UGUUUAACGGGAAGCGCCAACUCAAUUUUGUCCUAAUACCAAAUAAAAAUAAAAGACGUUGAAUUCAUUUUUAUUUUCAAAAUUUGCGCCGAUCCUGUGUUGAUCGAUUUUUAAAAAUAAAAUCGGGAUCGAUAUGCUCUAUUAUUUCAACUAAAUCAAUGAAAUGUUUGAUAUUCAACACAUCUGAGCUAAACAUAAAUAAGCGUCUACCUGAUCACGAGUUUUAUAAGAACCAGUUUAAUAAACAGCCAGUUUCCCGGGAAGGAAAUGGCUGACCACAUGUAUGUCAAGAUCGACAUCAAAUGCAUCAACUCUGCAUUGUGUCAGAGCAAAUUUGUGAAAGCAGAUCUAGAUGAAAAUAUAGGUCGGGUCAUAUCUUUGUUGCUGGAAGAAUCCGGUAAUACUUAUGCUGUGCAGAUACGUAGAAUUGACAGCGGGAGGACUGAUAUUGACCCAACGACCCAUGUUCGUGUCCUCAAAGAUUUUGGAUGUCAAACGAUUUCGGCAUGGGUGUGCAAAGUAGAGAAUGAUCCCAACAAUAACAAACCAACCCAGGGGAAGAGUAUAUUUGAUGUACUUAUGAAGCUACCAGAAGCUACACACAAUAUCCUGCACAAUGGUAUUAAAAUAUCUCGAUCAAAAUAAUUCUAGUAAUAUAUGGAC